AUGUGGUGCUUCAUUGACAAAAUAAUGUCAGAGUCUUCAUUGAAUUUGAACGUUUACGAGGAAGAGUUGAAUGAAGACACUACCGUCAACUUAUCAUCGCGCGGACUCGAAGUCGUACCAAGUUUUAACAAGAGUAUAAUUGUAAUAUAUCUCCAAAACAACAAGAUAACAACUUUGCCCGACGACUUCUUCACAACCCUACCAAGUUUAAUGUGGCUGGAUUUGCGCGACAACCGUCUCGUAGAUUUACCGGCCUCAAUAAAAAACCACCAGGGUCUUACUCAUUUAUUAUUGCAAAAUAACUGUCUGACAACCCUACCAAAUGCACUAGGUACAGUAAUCUCACUGAAAGUACUACAAUUAAGCGGGAACCCUUUAAUGUAUCCUCCUAGAGAAGUUAUAAAAGCCGGAGUUACUGAAAUUAAAAAGUAUUUAAACGAGAACUACAUUGGCCAAAUUUUAAUGUGCUCGCAAUCGCAAUCUGACAUAUCUGAAGACACACAUAGUAUUUGUAACCAAACACAAGAAGGAAUAAGCUACAACUCCGUUUUAGACGUUAGUAGAAUUAAAGAAAGUAACUUACGCGUCAAAUUAAACGAAAGAGAUGAUUCUGAUGAUGAGUUUUAUGCUAAAAUUAAAGGCAAAUGUCCGAAAUUGGACAAGAGUCGAUAUGCAAGUCUGCCACCAUAUUAUCAAAGUGCAAAAUACCUUAAACCUUUGCGUACAAGCGGUGAACAGGAACAAAUGAUUAAAAUCAAACAGAAUUACUUGAAAGACAAAGCCAUUGCAAAGCGUAAACAAUUGUUGGCUACUAGAGAACAAAAUAUACAAAACAGAAAGAACCUGCAACAACUACAAAAUUGGCGCAAAGAGUAUCGUUACAAACAAAUGUACUGUACCAACCGCGACUUCAAAAUGGAUCCUACCACAUUUCCAUACGACACUAAUCCAGAAUACAUGACACUACUAACGCGACAGGACAUCGAAAAAGACCUACCAGAUAAAUACAAGAAGAACCUUUUAAGACGAAGUAAAAUAUCAGUUCCGAGGAAGAAUAAUAGUGACGUACAUUUGGCGAUGAAAAUAAAGAAAUUAUUUGAGAAUUUAGAAGCGCUUGAUUUAAAUAGGAACUCGAUGUCGCCUAGAACGGAACAGAAAGUUCUUAUGAAUGAGAUACAGCAGAUAACCGAAAUAAAACAAAAACUGGCAGAACUGUCCACAACCAACUUCUCCACAAUUUGA